GCAUGUUGCCGACCGACAGCCAAUGGGAGGGCUUCAUGUUAAUGAGCGUGUGGAUUCACAGGCUGGCUGUCUUACUCCGGGGAGCAGACGGUCCACCGAGCAAACAGCGAGCAUCCCGGCGCCAGAGCAGCUCUCCCUCCGCCCUGGACUGUGUAGGACACCGAACCGCCUGGAUGUGCAAUAUGACUUUUGAAGAAACCGGAGGAGAAAACUCUGUAGAAAGGAUGGACUCGGUGGCUCAAGCUUUGGAGGAGGUCCUGAGCUCGGCGUUGCCUCAGGGUUGCAUCACCGUCGGGGUCUACGAGGCAGCAAAGUCCCUCAAUGCGGAUCCGGACAAUGUGGUGCUGUGCCUGCUGGCAACGGAUGACGAGGAGGACGUGGCCCUGCAGAUCCACUUCACUCUGAUCCAGGCGUUCUGCUGUGAGAAUGACAUCAACAUCCUGCGGGUGGGCAACAUGUGGCGGCUGGCCGAGAUACUGGGGGGAGUGAAGCCUGGAGGGGAGCCCACGGACGUGCACUGCGUCUUGGUUACCAACCCACAGUCGGCCCUCUGGAAGGACCCUGCACUGAGCAAAGUGAACAGAUUCUGCAGGGACUGCCGCUGCCUGGACCAGUGGGUGCCCGUCAUCAACCUGCCAGAUCGAUGAAGCCCUUCGGAAUAUCUUCUGUAUUGAUUGCAUCCAGGGGGGCAAAAAAAAACACACCUGCAGAGGGGCCUGUGUUAAUGUCUAUGUUGGACUUAAUUGGAAAGCCCCCCCCCUCCACCCCUUCCUCCUUUUGUCCCCCUCACCAACCACCCAAAGAGAGCAACGGGACAGUCAAGAGAGGAGGGUGGGAUUUAAAGAAAAACAAGAAACACGAACGGUUCAGCAAAUUUGCCACGUCAGGGUGCCAAGUCGCGGGUCAAGAAAGAGUGACUCAGCAGUCCUCGUUGCCAGGAUUUCCGUGCUGCUGCACCUCUCUCUGCCGAGAAGGAGUCCUUUUACGAGGAAACGGCAUCAUGUGAGGGGAACGAGCGCACGGCGUGGUGAGCACAUGCACCGGCCCGGGCCUGAAUGGAGGGGGGAGCUGACAGCCCUCCAGGAGCUGGACCACAGGGGGGGGGGGGGCGGACUGGUCAGCUCCCAGCUGGUGGACCAUCCUGUGAAAGCUCGACCAAACAUGAAUUCCUUUAGCAUCACAUUUAUUUAAUGCUAUUUAAGAAUUGUCACUUUGCUAACUUAAAAAGGGAACGUUUUUCUUCUGUCGUUACUGCUAUCAUCUUUCAGGACGACGUGUUCGGAGUUGUCCGUUAAACGCUGGUGUUUUUACGUGUUGUUAAUUUAAAGAAUUUUAUUUAUUGUGCAUAGUUCGCUGGAGAUUGCCAUGUGAAAGUGAAAUAAACAAACAACACUUCCCA